AGAGCAACGCGGUUUGUUCCAUUGGAUUCAGCGGCUUUUUUUCUGUAUUAUACCAACUUUUCACGAGAUUUAAAAUUUUCAAAUUUUUUGCUCAAAUUUCCUGAGUAAUAAAUUUGUGCCUACACCUUACCUUCAAAGUGAUGAAAAAAAAUUUUUUUUUAAAUUCACUCCACCAAAUUUUUAUGGACUUCUUUAUGUCUUAACAACCCACAAAAGUUGUUUUUAGUCCACAAAAAGUCCAUAUGUUCGAUUUUUAGAUGUUUGAUUUUUUCAAUUUUCGUCGCAGUUUUGGUCGAUUUUGGGUAUCCGGAACUUUUGUCGAGCAAUAGCUCCGGAACUAUCAGAGAUAACCCCAUGAAGUUUAUUAUCCUUGGAAAGCUCUUUAAAUUAUCUAUCUUUUUAAAAAAAAAAUAGUGUUCUCCGACUAAUAGUUUUCGAGCAAAUUGGAGACAAAUGCAAAAAUUGGUAAAAUUUUAAAAAAUUCAUAACUAAAAAACUAUUGGGAAUUUGGCAAUUUUCUCGAUGCCAAUCGACUCCCCGGAUCAUUUUGCAUAGGCAAGGAUCAAAACAGUUCCACUUUUUCGAAUAGUUUAGCCAGAAAUGAGAAAAUAAAAAAAAUAAAAAUUGUUAACAUCUCGUGUCUCCGAAAAAUUCAAAAUUUUGAGAAAAAAUAUGCUAAAGUUGCUAAGAGCAAACCGGUUUAUUUCACUGAAUUUUACGGUUCAGUUAAACUGUCUUUUUCCAGCUUUAAAACACAUACCACUUAAAAAAACUGUCAAGAAUGUAAUUAUUUAUUUUUUAAACGAUUCUCGAUUUGGUCAGCUGUAAUCAGUAUUAUUGGUUACAUACCUAAACAAAUUCAGAAAUAACCCACUAUUGAUUCACCCUAUAUUAACUAAUUAUUAAAUAUUGACUCGUUUGUGUAAUGGAAAGGAUGAAAAUAUUUAACAAAAAAUUUGCGUGUUUUUUUUUUCAUUAAUUGCGAAAAUUUUAUAAUUUCAAACCAUGGCCACCCAUGAUAAUAAUAACAAUAAAUUUCGUCAUAAAUAAAAUAAAUAAAUAACAGAAAUCAGUAAAUUUACCGUUUAUCAUAAUGAUAAUUUUUUCAAAUAAUAAUUUUUUUCCAAUCUCAAUUUGCGUGAUUUCAAUACAAUCAGGCGCGGCGCGGUGUAAAUGAGCCUCAUUGUACGUAAAAUAUGCACAUGUUAAUUAUUUCCCAUAUUUAAAUUAGAAGUUUCCGCAGGAACUUUGCGAUAUUGUUUUGGUAACGUAAAUUAGUGCGUUUUUUACUCUUGAGCGUGAUUAUUGAGCGAAAUGUCGCUAAUUUUCGCCCUCUUUAUCCUCUUGCGCUUUUUAUUCACAAUCAUGGAAAGUGGGACUUUUGAGAGUAACGAAAUUUUGGCGAAAAAACUGACCAAAGUCCAGAAAGUGAACUACUACUGGAACGUACCAACCUUCCAGUGUGACUCCCACAAGCUGAACUUCACCGGCCUUGCCGACAAAUUCGGGAUAAUCCAGAACGAAAACGACAGGUUUCGGGGGAACGAAGUCGCGAUUCUCUACGAUCCCGGGAGUUUCCCGGCGCUGUUGCGGGACGGGAGCGGGAUCGUACGGCGCAAUGGGGGAGUCCCCCAGGAGGGGAACCUGACCCUCCACUUGGCGCUCUUCGAGGAGUUGUUGAAUGAGCUCCUCCCGGAGGACUUUUCAGGCCUGGGGAUAAUUGACUUCGAGAGCUGGCGCCCCAUUUACCGGCAGAACUUCGGCUCGCUGGCGCCCUACAAGGACCUUUCGGUGGAAAUCGAGCGGCAGAGUCACCCCUUUUGGCCGAAGCUUCUGCUGGAGAAGGAGGCGAGGCGCCGGUUCGAGUUCCAUGCCAGGAGGUUCAUGGAGGAGACGCUUUUUGUGGCCAAAAGUUUGCGCAAAAAUGCCACUUGGGGCUAUUAUGCCUAUCCUUAUUGUUUCAACAUGUCCCCCAAUAACAUGAAGAAAGAUUGUCCCAACGAGGUGCAGAAAGAAAAUGAUCAAUUGGAUUGGCUGUUUCGGUUGAGUGACGAUUUGCAUCCGUCUAUUUAUUUGGACGGGAGGUUGGGCCCCAAAGACAAAAUUCGGAUGAUUGAAGGGAGGAUUAAUGAGGCGCAUCGGGUGGCUGCGUUUGUUAAAAGUGGGGCACUGAAGCCCAAAAUUGUGCCCUAUUUUUGGUACAAGUAUCACGGGGGGCAAAAUUUUCUGACUAAAGAAGACCUUUUCAAUGCCAUUUUGACGUUGUCCACGUCCGAUAUUGACGGGGUGGUGAUUUGGGGGAGCAGUAAUGACGUCAACACCAAAAAUAAGUGUUUGGAUUUGUACGAAUAUGUCGAUAAUGUCCUAGGGCCGAGUCUAGUCAAUUUUUAGGUGGAAUAAAUUGUGUUUUCAA